AUGCUCAAAGAGAGCGUCUGUCACAGUCGACAAGCCUCAAAUGACUGUUUGACCGGGUCUAAAUUAUUCACGGCCUCACUCCUCCGCGGCGAUGAGAAUCCUUCAGUGCUCGGGGUGAGAAUCCUUCAGUGCUCGAGGAGUCCUCGCAUCGAAGGCGGCAUGGAGCUCCCGAAGGAGAAAACGGAACACGAUGGCGAGCAAGGCAUGGGAGCAGGCCAGAAUGGCACGGGAAAGAGGGAAAUUCGACAGAGCCGACUCCUCCGGUUCUGCAUACUUUUCCUCGUCGUUCUCCUCACCGUCUCCAUGAUGCUGAGCUUCAUAAAGCGGUACCGCGACACCCCGACCAAUACCUCCAUCGAGAUCGAGGAGGUGGAGACCCUCCGUGCACCCUUGGUCACCAUCUGCCAGUCCCCGUCCUUCCGAAAGCCCCAAGACGGCACCCACGACAACGACACCUUCUCCAAGCUGGUCCGGGAUUUCGCUUUCCCCCUCAAAGACGUCGUGGGGUCUUUCUCCAUCAACAAGGCUCCGAUGAAGGAAGGCCUGAAAGACAAACCGGACCAGGAGAUCAUCGAAACCCAAGGAGGAACGUGGAGCACCAGAUACAUCCUCGACGAGUCGGAAGCGCUGGGCCUCCAGAGAUGUUUCACCUUCAACGCCAGCAUUCUCUUCGGAGUGAUGGAUCGCUCGUCGGGCCUCUUCCUCAGGCUCGACAUGGACAACGCGACGGAAAGAGACGCUGGGUUUGACGCCGGCUGGGACGUCCUCAUCCACCAGGACCUCGAUUAUCCAUCGCUAAUUGACGGGUUCUAUACAAAGACGAUGGUGAAGCCUCGAACCACGCAGGACAUUCAACUGAUGGUCAGGAUCAUUCAGAACAUCCCUACUCCCAAAAACCCGUGCAUCCAAGAUCUCCAGUACAGCAAGGAAAAGAUGGAAUACCGGGUUCAGAUCGUGCCGCCACUCCAGCAGGUCAACACCACCUGGGUCUUCAUCUACGCUCCUUCGAAGAACGUGGAGCUUUUGACGGAGAAGGAGGUUUACGACAUCUCGCAGAUGGUCGGGGAGAUGGGCGGAUGCGUGGGGAUGUUCCUUGGAGUCUCCCUCAUCUCCCUCUACGAGUUGCUCGAUAGCUACAUUCGGCUGUGGACGAAUCCUUUGCAGAUGCUGAGCUACAUAAAGCGGUACCGCGACACCCCGACCAUCAUAUCGGUCGAGAUCGAAGAAGUGGAGACCCUCCGUGCACCCUUGGUCACCAUCUGCCAGUCCCCGUCCUUCCGAAAGCCCCAAGACGGCACCCACGACAACGACACCUUCUCCAAGCUGGUUCGGGAUUUCGCUUUCCCCCUCAAAGACGUCGUGGCGUCUUUCUCCAUCAACAAGGCUCCGAUGAAGGAAGGCCUGAAAGACAAACCAGAUCUGGAGAUCAUCGAAACCCAAGGAGGAACGUGGAGCACCAGAUACAUCCUCGACGAGUCGGAAGCGCUGGGCCUCCAGAGAUGUUUCACCCUCAACGCCAGCAUUCUCUUCGGAGUGAUGGAUCGCUCGUCGGGCCUCUUCCUCAGGCUCGACAUGGACAACGCGGCGGAAAGAGACGCUGGGUUUGACGCCGGCUGGGACGUCCUCAUCCACGAGGACCUCGAUUAUCCAUCGCUGAUUGACGGGUUCUAUACGAAAACCAGAGUGAAGCCUCGAACCACUCAAGACAUCCAACUGACGGCCAGGCAAGUUCGGAACAUCGUUACCCCGAAAAAUCGAUGCAUCCGACAUCUCCAGUACAGCAAAGAAAAGUGCUUGGACGAGUGCAUUCUGAGAGCCAUGAAGGAGAGUUCGUCAUGUCGUCUCCCCUGGAUGACCAAGUCAGAUUUCCCUCCUUGUGAAACCAAGAUGGAGAUGAUGGCGACAGUCAAGGCAUACGAGAAACUUGCCAGGAAUGGCAAGUACAAGAGGUUGAAUUGUUCCUGCCCGAUGCCUUGCUCCCAAGUGGAAUAUCGGGUUCAGAUCGUGCCACCGCUCCAGCAUGCCAACACCACCUGGGUCUUCAUCUACCUUCCUUCGAGGAAGAUCGAAAUCCUGAGGGAGAAAGAGGCUUACGACAUCUCGCAGAUGGUCGGGGAGGUGGGCGGAUGUGUGGGGAUGUUCCUCGGAGUCUCCCUCAUCUCCGUCUACGAACUCCUCGAUCAUUACAUUCGGCUGUGGAUGUCGCGGAGGGCCCCGCCGUCGUAG